CUUGCCGAUCUGCCUGUGGGCCCGGCUCUGUCCGUGGGGACUUGAGUGGCGCAGGAACAGCCGGUGAGCAGGCACGUGUGGAGCGGCCUUUGUGCCGGGUGGGACGUCAAGCCGUGCCCUUUCUGAACGAGCUCGGGUCACAGCCGCUUCAAAACGCAGCCUUGUCUUUUUGGAGAAAGGUGAACUAAGGAGAGAGCUGGCUUCUGGUUGAGCCCUAGCCCUUGUGUCCUGCACGCUGACUGCUCCAAGUAACGGGAGACGUUCCAGGCGUGGCCAGCCCAGCGGGCCAUUCCUUCUUUGGAGAGGGAUCCAGUGACCCUGAACGGCUGUUGGCCUCAUCUCCGCCAACCCCAGCGGUCUCCGGCCCCCGCAUCCCCCUCCUCCGUGCACAGCCUCAGCUCUCCCUGGAGCCUGGAAGCCUUGCCCCCGCCCCCCUGAGUUGGCCCCAGCUCUGGGCACUUCCUUUGUCACAGCUCCGCCCAGUUGGACACACCCGCGGGGGGAAGGUUCCUCCGGCCUCUCCCGCUCUGGGUCUGAGCUGACAGAGAUGGACCUCCCAGCGGGGCACCGCUGCCCCUCCCCAGGAUUGUGGGCCCCCCAGGCCCGAGGGAGGCUCUCUGUGCCGCCAUCCAUCAGCAGGAACCCGGCCAUGGUGAACGAGGCCCGGGGGAAUGGCGGCCUCCACCCCCGCUCCGAAGGCAGCAGCAGUGGCAGCGAGAGUUCCAAAAAUAGUUCGAGGUGUUCCACGCCGGGCCUGGACCCUGAGCGGCACGAGAAACUGCGGGAGAAGAUGCGGCGCAGGAUGGAAUCGGGGGACAAGUGGUUCUCCCUCGAGUUCUUCCCGCCGCGGACCGCGCAGGGAGCUGUCAAUCUCAUCUCCAGGUUUGACCGGAUGGCGGCCGGCGGCCCCCUGUUCGUAGACGUGACCUGGCACCCAGCAGGCGACCCCGGUUCAGACAAGGAGACCUCCUCCAUGAUGAUCGCCAGCACCGCCGUCAACUACUGCGGCCUGGAGACCAUGCUGCACAUGACCUGCUGCCGGCAGCGGCGGGAGGACCUCACGGCCCAUCUGCACAAGGCCAAGCAGCUGGGCCUUAAGAACAUCCUGGCGCUGCGAGGAGACCCCGUAGGGGACCAGUGGGAAGAGGAGGAAGGAGGUUUCAACUACGCCGUAGACUUGGUGAAGCACAUCCGGAGCGAGUUUGGGGACUACUUUGACAUCUGUGUGGCAGGCUACCCCAAAGGCCACCCGGACGCCGAGAGCCUCGAGGCCGACCUGAAGCACCUGAAGGAGAAGGUGUCUGCGGGGGCCGACUUCAUCAUCACCCAGCUCUUCUUUGCGGCUGACACCUUUUUCAGCUUUGUGAACGCUUGCACCGAGAUGGGCAUCACCUGCCCCAUCCUGCCUGGGAUCUUUCCCAUCCAGGGCUACCACUCCCUCCGGCAGCUCGUGAAGCUGUCCAGGCUGGAGGUGCCGCAGGAGAUCAAAGAUGUGAUUGAACCGAUCAAAGACAACGACGCCGCCAUCCGCAACUAUGGCAUCGAGCUGGCCGUGAGUCUGUGCCAGGAGCUUCUGGCCAGUGGCUUGGUGCCAGGCCUCCACUUCUACACCCUCAACCGGGAGGUGGCCACGACAGAGGUGCUGAAGCGCCUGGGCCUGUGGACUGAGGAUCCCAGGCGCCCUCUGCCCUGGGCUGUCAGUGCCCAUCCCAAGCGCCGGGAGGAAGACGUGCGUCCCAUCUUCUGGGCCUCCAGACCCAAGAGUUACAUCUACCGCACCCAGGAGUGGGACGAGUUCCCCAAUGGCCGCUGGGGCAACUCCUCCUCCCCAGCCUUCGGGGAGCUGAAGGACUACUACCUCUUCUACCUGAAGAGCAAGUGCCCCAGGGAGGAGCUGCUGCAGAUGUGGGGCGAGGAGCUGACCAGCGAGGAAAGCGUCUUCGAAGUCUUUGUUCGCUACCUCUCGGGAGAGGCGAACCAGCAGGGCUACAAAGUGACGUGCCUGCCCUGGAACGACGAGCCCUUGGCGGCCGAGACGAGCCUCAUGAAGGAGGAGCUGCUGCGAGUCAACCGCCAGGGCAUCCUCACCAUCAACUCGCAGCCCAACAUCAACGGGAAGCCGUCGUCAGACCCCGUCGUGGGCUGGGGCCCGGGCGGGGGCUACGUCUUCCAGAAGGCCUACCUGGAGUUCUUCACUUCCCGCGAGACUGUGGAGGCACUCCUGCAGGUGCUGAAGAACUAUGAGCUCCGGGUCAAUUACCACAUUGUCGACGUGAAGGGUGAGAACAUCACCAACGCCCCUGAGCUGCAACCCAAUGCAGUCACCUGGGGCAUUUUCCCGGGGCGAGAGAUCAUCCAGCCCACGGUGGUGGACCCCGUCAGCUUCAUGUUCUGGAAGGAUGAGGCCUUCGCUCUGUGGAUUGAGCAGUGGGGCAAGCUGUAUGAGGAGGAGUCCCCGUCCCGCAUGAUCAUCCAGUACAUCCACGACAACUACUUCCUGGUCAACCUGGUGGACAAUGAGUUCCCGCUGGACAACUGCCUGUGGCAGGUGCUGGAAGACACCUUUGAGCUCCUGGGCAGGCCAGCUCGGAAGGAGGCAGAGACGGAGGCCCCGUGACUCAGCUCCUGCCGUCCUCCGCUGGGGCCGCCCAUACCCCACCCUCCUCCCUCCUAGACCCAGUUGCCCUCACCGUCCAGAACCCUCGCCUCCACUCCCCCACACGAUGGCAGCUAGACCAGGCUCUGGCCGGACCAGAGUCUGCCCCACGGGAGCCUGGUGCUCUCUGCUCCCUUCAGUGGGGAGCUCCUCCGUCCUGCAGAGAACAGCAGUGGGCAGCAGCACCCCCUCCCUGGGAAGGGGGAGACUGGUUGCCAAAUGAACCCUCACCUCAGGGCAGCCUCGGGGCGCCAGCCUGGACUCCUGGCGAAUCUGUACUUAGGGGCGUGUGUGGAACGGGCAGAGAUAUGGCCAAGCGAAGGUGCUGCACCCUUCCAUCCCUGGGGGGAUGGCCACUGGGCCCUCACGACUCGUGGGAGGACACGUGGCUGCCCUGCCCAUGUCUGCUGGCCGAGGCACCGGCCCCUGCUGGCGCCAGCACUUCCCACAACCUGUGUACCUGAGGGCUCAGGUACACAGGUCUUUCUUCAGUGCUGCUGUUUGAAAUCUGUAUUCUGAUGGCUCGAGGGAAGGAGUGUCCUUUCACGGUUAAAGGUCAUCUGACUCCCUGCUUGGCGGGGCCCUUGGCCUUGCCUUUCUCCCUGGUCGUGGAGGGUUGGUUACACCUGCCCAUUAACUGUCAGAAUGAGCUUCCCCGGGCGGACCCCCAGCUUUGACCGAGACUCUGUAGUCCUGCCUGCCGGCUGGCUUUGUAUGUAGGCCCAGCUCCUCCCGCCGCUCAGCCCUCUGCCCAGCCUGUCUGCCUGGCACUCGCCCCGGGAGUCAACCCUCUCCUGCUGCCCGCCUGGGGCAGUGACUGGCAGGUGCAGGUGGGCCGCUCCGUGUCCCCGUCCUGGCCUGCGGCUGAUCAUGGCUGGCUUCCCCAGAAAGAGGCCCGCACCGCAGCAGGCGUGGGGUGCAGGGAGGGGUGCAGGAGCAGCGGCAGAAUCUCCUCUUCUGUUUCAGACCCAGCUGGCUGUGGCCGAGACAGCAAGAGAAGCAGUGAGGACUUGGGGUCUUUUAUUUUCAUUUCGAGCUCCUGGAGCUGUUUCCUGUGUCACCCCUGCACCCUGACGUGCGGGACGCGGCUCCUUCCCUGGGAAGACUCGCUGGGUUCUGCUUUGAUUCCGUGGGAACAAGCCGCAGCUGUGACUGGGCCCUGUGCUCGGCCUCAAGCCUGCUGUCCCCGAAGCUGGGCAGCUUCUCACCUGCUCAGGGCCUUUGGGCUGCUGGGGGCUCCUCCCCUUGGGGCCAGCUGCCAGGUGCUGGUGCCACUUCUCCAAGGCCUGGCGUCAGGGAUGGGAGAGGAAGGGCUGGGUGUCUCAGGCCAAGUGCAGAGGCUCAGGGAGGUCUGGCCGUGUCUGGGAGGCUGCGCUCCCGAGCAGGGACUGACGGAGGGGGCAGGUGCUUGGGAUCCAGGUCCUACUUCAGGCUGGUGGGAGAGCGAGCUCUGUGCCCCCCGGCCCAGCCUUGUUCCAGACUGGGGGUGGCAAGCAGAGACCCCCCCAGCUCAGCACUGUCCAGAGGUGGCACUGGUGUGGGAAGGGCAGGUGCAGGGGGGGGUGCCCCCCCAGUACCCGGGAAAGGACUCCGCUGUCUUCCUGCUGCUGUAGCCGCCGAGCCACGCGCAGCCGCAGGACCCGAUGCCGCCAUGUCCGCCAGGCCCAUGCCAGGUGCCACUGCCGAAGCUGUGGGAACAGGUGGCGGAGAGGCUUCUGCCCCUGCUGCCUCCUCCCACGGCUCUGGCACAGGGUGGGAGGGAUGUGAGAAGUGUGUGAAUGCCGAUUCCCGGGCCUCCCCCGGGACCCUACAUGAGAAGCACUAGGGGUUCGGGUUGAGGGUGGGAUGAUGGGGAUGGGCCCCAGGACCUCACUCAGUGUGGGUCAGCAGGGGCUGUGUCCACUCACCAGGGUCCGCCCCAGCUGCUCUGCCCCUUGGACAUCCACCCAGCGCUGCCACGCAGCUGCCAGGCACCUGGCCUUCCGGGAAGCCUGGAACUGGCUAAGCAGGGCUUCAGACCGCCAGCGCUGAAUGUGCUGCCCCCUGUCGGCAGAGCGUGUCCUCUCCCCUUUGAGGCCACGGACCUGGGCCUGCUCAUCCAGGCUCCUGCAGGAGUGGGCCCUGGCUGGCAGAGGGCCCAGCUCUGGGCUCAGCUCCCGCGAGCCCCUCACCAAUCCCAUGCAGCUUCCUCUCACACGCAUGUGCCCUUACCUCAGCCUCCUGGGAUCCCUUCCGUUGUUCCCGUCCUCCCCUUGGAGGGCUCUGGUCUCAGGGCUCCAGGGCCCUCCUGGUCCUGUAGGGGACAGGCCUGGGGCCGAGCUGCCGUCUCCAGGCCACGGCAGCCAGAGCUGGAAGGCAGGGCAGACUGGAAAGGGAAGUCGAGUCAGGAGGCUCCCUCAUAGGUCAGGAGGAGCUUGGCUCCUGCUUCAUGGUGAGUAGCGAAGGGGCCCACAGAGCUAUGGUGCUAAGCCUGGUGUGCCGCCUCCUGCUGCUGCAUUUCGCCAGGUGCCAGCCAACCCUGACCCAGAAAGAAUGAGCAAGGCAGGAGAAACGUCUCAGAGUGGUCAGGGGGAGGGGGUUGGGAGAACGGUGAGCACGCAGAAAAUGAUCCCAGGCUCCGAGGGCUGCUGACACCAUGGUCCUGCCCUCUGUCCCCAGGCCGGGUCGCCUUACUCUGCACCCAGGCCAUCUUCCCUGGCGGCGUCCGUCCACCGUGGCUGUGCUGAUGUGUUGGCCCAGGUAACACUGUGGGUCCUGCGGCUGGUGUCCAGCUGCUGAGGGUCUGAGGGAAAAGCCAGAGAGGAAAAGCUGAGCGCAGUGGGCCUGGCAGGACAGAUGACUGGGUGGGACGCUUUCUGACCUGCGCCCAGCCGUGCGGGCCGCCUCCUUGUGUAUGCACGGAUGGGGCGGGUCGCACUGCCCAGAGGGUGCCCAAGAGCAGUGUGGCCAGCAGGGUGCCACUGCCUCUCCCUUCGGCUGACCUGCCACAAGGCUGAAAACAUCCCUGCAGAGAGGUGGGCCAGUGAGAGACCGCUCAGAGCCACCUGUGCCAGGCACAGCCCUGGAAGGUGGGUCUUACUCUUCCCACGUUAGCUUUUAGAAAAAGAAAAAUGGUCCAGGUUUUUAUUUGAAGGAGUGACAGAGAUUCCAUCUGGUUCACUCCCCUAGGGCUCAGAAUAGCCAGGACUGGGCCAGGCCGAAGCAGAGCUGGGGACUCCAGCUGGUGUCCCCCAUGGGUGGCAGGAACCCAACCAACCACUUGGGCCAUCAUUUAGUGCCUCCCAGGCACAUUAGGCAGCUGCAUCAGAAACCAGGACUAGAGCCAGGCACCUGUGUGGACUGUGGGUGUUCCCACUGCGGCACACCUGCCGCACCAUGUGCUGGCCCCGAGCAGUACCGGGCUGAAGGCUUGCCUGAGACCAGGGGCACUCAGCGCUACUGCAGGCUGGCUGGCACCCACCCGUGCGGCAGGUGAGGGCUGCCUGGGCGUGGGCGUGCCUGUGAGAGCGGCUGCUUGUCUGUGCGCCUCAGUUUCCCCAUCACCUGCCUUGCUGGCAGGAACAGAAUGCUGGGAAAGAACUGCCCUAGAACGCACCUAGAAUUAGAAUACCCUGGGACCCCAGCCGCCGCCGUUGGUGCAGCCCCACGUGUGGAUUCUGCAGUCGGCUCUUUGAGUUCCAGCCGAGAAAACACACUUUUUUCUUGGCGUUCUGCAGCAGGAUUCCUGACAGUGCCCUUUGACCUGAGCACUACUGCCCCUGCUGGUGGCUCUGGGGCCGUGUCCCUCAGUGACGGUCCCCGGCCUGCUGUGCAGGGGCCGUUUUUUGUGCCCCCCUGCUAGGCCAUCGACCUCUUAGCACCACCGGUGGUGUCUGGUGACUGACAGCUUCAGGUCUAGCCAGGCAGUCACAGCUACCUCUGGGCAGAGAAAGUGAAGAAACUUGGGGUUCAUUUAUAUUCUCUGACUUUCCUGUAAUGAGCAUAUUUUAUUUUUCCAGUAAAAUGCUGUUAAUUGCC